UUCAUCGAGGCGCUGCUGCCCCACGUCCGGGCCUUCUCCUACACCUGGUUCAACCUGCAGGCCCGCAAGCGCAAGUACUUCAAGAAGCACGAGAAGCGGAUGUCGAAGGAGGAGGAGCGCGCCGUCAAGGACGAGCUGCUGGGCGAGAAGCCUGAGGUCAAGCAGAAGUGGGCCUCGCGCCUCCUGGCCAAGCUGCGCAAGGACAUCCGGCCCGAGUGCCGCGAGGACUUCGUGCUCUCCGUCACCGGCAAGAAGGCGCCCUGCUGCGUCCUCUCCAACCCUGACCAGAAGGGCAAGAUCCGCCGCAUCGACUGCCUGCGCCAGGCCGACAAGGUCUGGCGCCUGGACCUGGUGAUGGUCAUCCUCUUCAAGGGCGUCCCCCUGGAGAGCACCGACGGUGAGCGCCUGGCCAAGGCGCCCCAGUGUGCCAGCCCCGGCCUCUGCGUCCAGCCCCACCACAUUGGCGUCACCAUCAAGGAGCUCGACCUCUACCUGGCCUACUUCGUCCACGCACCUGACUCCGGACAAUCCGACAGUUCAAACCCCCAGGGAGACGCGGACAUCAAACCACUGCCCAACGGGCACCUGACCUUCCAGGACUGCUUUGUGACGUCGGGUGUCUGGAACGUGACGGAGCUGGUGAGGGUGUCCCAGACCCCUGUGGCGACAGCAUCGGGCCCCAACUUCUCGCUGGCCGACCUGGAGAGCCCGGGGGGCUACUACAACAUCAGCCCCGUCGCCCUCGGCCGCCGGCCCCUGGGCCCCCCAGCUGCCCGCGGCCCAAAGCGCCCCAAGGCGCUGGAUGAGGGGGACCUGGAGGGUCCCGGGGACGACGUCUUCUACCCCGGGCCAGGGCGGUCCCCAGCCCCUGGCAGCAGCCAGGGGCCGUGGGGGGGGGACGUUGACACAGGCCCAGCGGCGCUGAAGAAGUCGGGGAAGUUGGAUUUCUGCAGCGCCCUCUCGGGGCACGGGGCUGCCCCCCGCAUGGCCUUUGGCCACCACCCCCUGCCUGUCCUGGCCGGCGUCCGCCCCGCCGUGACGUGGCCGCUGCUUGAGCGGAUUUGGGGCAUUUCGGGGAUUUCCGGCGGAGGCCGGGGCUGA